AUGCACUCUCAUUUAUAUGUCCUCUCCCAGUGGAGAAAUCUAAUUGGCUUGUCCAUAAAUACCCCCACUCUACAUCUCUCCACUAAUCAUACUCUGCAUGACCUAAAGAGUCAACACACAUUUAAGAUCCAGACCUACUCCAGUCCGACCUUCUGUGACCACUGCGGCUCGCUGCUGUACGGCCUCAUACACCAGGGCAUGAAAUGUGCCUGUUGUGACAUGAACGUCCAUCGGCGAUGUGAGACGAGUGUUCCCAGCCUCUGCGGUCAGGACCACACAGAGAAGAGAGGAAGAAUCCACCUGACAGUCAAAGGAGAGAAGGAGGACGUCUAUGUCACAGUGCGGGAGGCUCGUAACCUGAUGCCCAUGGAUCCUAAUGGCCUGUCAGACCCCUAUGUUAAACUGAAAUUGAUUCCUGAUCCAAAGAGCCACAGCAAACAGAAGACCAAGACCAUUCGCUCCACACUCAAUCCCGUCUGGAAUGAGAGUUUCACUUUCUCAGUGCGUGGUCACCAGUGGGACAGGCGACUGUCCGUGGAGGUUUGGGACUGGGACCGCACGUCCAGGAACGAUUUCAUGGGGGCGCUGUCGUUCGGGGUGAGUGAGAUCUUCAGGCGUCCCAUCAGCGGCUGGUUCAAGCUGCUGGCCCAGGAUGAGGGAGAGUACUACAACAUCCCUGUUCCAGACCCAGACCUGCAGGAGCCUCAGCUGGAUGCCUUAACACCCUCUCUGCCUCAAGCAGUGCCUGCCGCUCUGUCUGAACCCUUCCCUACGGCCCUGUCCCCGACCCCUGUCUCGCCCUGUCUACCCAUCCACACCCCCGUCCCCAGCAAAGUCAAAGUCGGCAUCCAGGACUUCAACUUCCUCAUGGUGCUGGGAAAAGGCAGCUUUGGCAAGGUGCUGCUGGCGGAGGAGAGAGGCAGCGAGCGUCUGUUCGCAGUCAAAGUGUUGAAGAAAGACGUUCUCUUCCAGGACGAGGACACGGAGAGCGCCCUGGUGGAGCGGAGGGUCCUGGCGCUCUCCUCUCGCCCUCACUUCCUCACAUCACUCUACUGCGCCUUCCAGAGUGAGGACCGUCUGUAUUAUGUGAUGGAAUACGUCAACGGAGGAGACCUGAUGUUCCACAUUCAGAUAGUUGGCAAAUUCAAAGAGCCUCAUGCAGCGUUCUAUGCAGCAGAGAUAGCAGUGGGCCUCUUCUACCUCCACAGCAAAGGCAUCAUCUACAGGGAUCUGAAGCUGGAUAAUGUGCUGCUUGACAGCGAGGGCCACAUAAAGAUAGCCGACUUUGGGAUGUGCAGGGAGGGCAUGUUCGAGGGCGACACCACUCGCACCUUCUGCGGCACCCCUGAUUACAUCGCCCCCGAGAUUGUGGCAUACCAGCCCUAUAAUACAGCAGUGGACUGGUGGUCUUAUGGGGUGCUGCUGUAUGAAAUGCUGGCAGGACAGCCCCCGUUUGAUGGUAUCGAUGAGGAGGAGCUGUUUCAGUCCAUCAUGGAGCAGAGCGUGUCGUACCCCAAGACUCUCUCCCGUGAAGCUGUUGCCAUCUGCAAGGGACUUCUGACAAAGCACCCUGCGAAGCGUCUGGGCGGAGGAGAGGACGCAGAGAGAGAGAUUAGGGAGCAUCCGUUCUUCCGCUGGAUUGACUGGGACCGUCUGGAGAGACUGGAGAUGCCGCCGCCCUUCAAACCCAGAACUGGCGGAAAAAAAGGUGAAAACUUCGACAAGUUCUUCACUGCAGCUCCGUCAGUGCUCACUCCCUCCGACCCGGACAUAAUGGCAGCCAUCAACCAGGAAGACUUCGAGGGCUUCUCCUUCCUCAACCCAGACUUUGCCCCAUCGCCUCUCACCGCUGUUUGAAAAUAGCUCCCACACCCCUUUUAAAUGUAAUCCCCUUAUUAAUAGUAGUUUUAUAACAGAGAAUUUGAAAAUCAAACUCCUCUCAUAAUCAGAUUCUGACGUUUACAUGAAACUGCCAUGACGCCUAUGUAUCCAUGCACUCUAUUUGAUGUAUGUAUUUCAUCUCGAUAGUCUCAAGGCAAUUAUUAUAGAUUCCCAUUUUAGAGUUUCUUUUUUUGUAAGACGUCCAUUAACUUGAUAUAAGAUGGCUGUAGUGUGACUGUAGUAUGAUCACAUACUUCACCUGUAUGCAUGCACUGUUUGUAGAAUGAACUACUAGGAAUAGAUUAUCCAAGAAAGAUAGACAACCGAUUUAUUUUAAACAUUUCCCACUGUUUUGAUGAGCAUCAUCUUGUGUUGUAGAAACCAAACAAAGACAUUAUUCCAGUCGGCUCUUCUCUCAUGCAGCUGUGGUUCAACUCCAGGUAGUGGGCAAAUCAAGUCCAUUUUUAAUCACUUUUCAUUUCACAUACACAAGUUUUCCUAAGAGGUCUGCUCCAGUUUAACACGACACAGUAACUCGGCAUCCAAACCACUUUGGUAUUUCAAUACUAUGAUGCGAGCUGCAUGGGCAAUAAUGGCAUCCCAUGGAAGCAUUCAGUCAGGUUCCUGUGGCCCGGCUGGACCUCUCGGUUAACGUCACACCAGCGACCUCCUGUGACCCAGUGAGACAGUGAAACAGCUCAGUGGGCACAAUGUGACGCUUAAUGCAGGAUACAGCGCUGCCCUGCAGCUCAGGCACACGCUGCCAGGAGGCCGUCCUCACAUUGCUGCAUAAUUUUUUUCUUCACAGAUUAGUUUUGCCUCGUGUUUUUUUUCUAUUAUUCCUUUGCAAAUUAUGGAAUUGGGCCUCGCAAAUUACAAUAUAUGCCCUCCUUUGCAAACCUUACAUUUGCACUGAAAUAUUUGUUUGCUUAUUUGGAAAAAAUGCCUCUGGCCACAGCUAAAACAGGAGAAUUAUACUUUGCGCAGGUACAUAUAUACUUAUGUAUUUUAGUAGUGUGUACCAUGAGGCUUUUUGCUGUGUAAUGACACUCGCAGCAUUGAUUAGGGUGUAAUUAAAAGUGAGGCUCGCCGGGACUGUUCAAUACAUGGAAAAAUAAUAGCAGCACUGUCAUUAAACACUAUCUGAGCAGGGCAGGUGGCAACAAACGUACAGUUUAAUAAUCCCAUUACAGAGCUCUUAUCUCACAAAGCAGACGGUCAUUUCACACAGAAAUCUGCUCCUUCUUCCUGAAUGCAUCUUUAUGACUUUUUUUUUCUGUGAAGGCAAAAAGAUAAAUUUAAUGAUUUCUCAUCCCGAGGAGAAUAAUCCUACUUUUUUUGUUUUAAGUGCUGAUGUUCAUGCCCAUGUAACUGGUGAGAGUAGUCAAUCUCUUUGCUUUAGCUUUGUUUCACACAAAACUUAUGAAACAUUACAUUUACAGUAGACAUUUCAAACAAUUACAGAUAAGCAAUAGAUCAGUUAUAAAUAUUCUUUAGUUCAUUUCUGUUUUUACGUGCUGGAAAAAAAGAACGUUGAAAUAAAGUC